CCGAGGUCUGCGGCAUGGAUGGAUGGCACAUGUGAAAGCACACUUGUCUUUCUCCUCUCUCUUCCCAGGUGUCGGUCGCUCGGUGUUAUUGCCUGAAUGAUGCAGCUAGGAGAAGGUCAACUUGACGAGACGUCCAUUAACGCACAGAAAGUAUUGUACGAUUCUUCAGACAAUAACAACAGGACUCAAUCCUCAAGCGAAAUACAUUUUCAUCUUUCACCUUCUCGACGUAAACACGAAGCGAAAAAGUUUUUAUCCCACGCUGAAAACCGCGAAAUGCUCGGAGAGGGACAGAGCGAUGCCAUAAUAUUGUCGAAGGACUCGGUCGACAACAGAAAAAGUUCUCUGACUACAGAGGAAGACCCAUCCGACGGCAGCAGGCAUAUCAUAAUUGACGGAAUUAGUCCGGAUCGUUAUUUUAUCUCACCGUCUUCAGCGCAAGACAUGAAUCCCUGCUCUCUGUUUCCCUACACGGGCUCUGAUGGCACCAGGUAUUCGGCGUCGUUACAUUACAGUUCCGUCCUUCCAUCUCCGGGGUUUUCUUCUCCGGUCUACUCCGGCCGUGGACAGUGCGGUUCGGGCUACCAGUUCGGUCAAAGUCCCGGUUGCCUCUACCCAUCCUACCAAGGGAGCGCACCCGGUGUUGGGUCCAUGUCACACGCUGGAACAGGCACCGGUCUGAGGGCGCAGGUGUAUCUCUGCAAUCGCGCUCUCUGGCUGAAGUUUCACCGACACCAGACUGAAAUGAUAAUCACGAAACAGGGCAGGCGGAUGUUUCCUUUUUUAAGUUUUAAUAUCACUGGUUUAAGGCUCAACGCACAUUACAACGUCUUCGUGGAAAUCGUUUUGGCCGACCCGAAUCACUGGAGAUUUCAGGGGGGCAAAUGGGUGACAUGCGGAAAAGCUGAUAACAACAUGCAAGGGAAUAAGGUGUAUGUGCAUCCGGAAUCUCCCAACACGGGCGCUCAUUGGAUGAGGCAAGAGAUCUCCUUUGGGAAGCUGAAACUGACAAACAACAAGGGGGCAAGCAGCACCAAUUCUCAGAUGGUCGUCCUCCAGUCUCUACACAAGUACCAGCCAAGACUUCAUAUUGUAGAAGUUGGGGAGGAUGGAGUGGAAGAUUUGAAUCGCGAAUCAAAGACUCAAACCUUCACAUUUCCUGAGAACCAGUUUAUUGCUGUGACCGCCUAUCAGAAUACUGAUAUCACACAGUUGAAGAUUGACCACAAUCCAUUUGCAAAAGGAUUCAGAGAUAAUUAUGACUCGAUGUACACAGCGGUGCCUGAGGGGGACCGUCUGACCCCGUCCCCGACCGACUCUCCGCGCUCCCACCAGAUCGUGCCCGGCGGCGCCCGCUACGCCAUGCAGCCCUUCCUGCAGGACCAGCUGGUGGCCAGCCAGAGCCGCUUCUACCACCACCAUCACCACGGCCACCACGGCCACGCGGGCGAGCGGGCGGUGCCCCAGACCGGCAGCCUGCUCUCCCCGCCACGGCAGCCCGAAGACAUGGCCUCCGCCUCGGCACAGCGCUGGUUCGUGUCUCCCGUGCAACAGGCUGGAGGUGGUGGUUCUGCUGCUGGUGGUGGUGGUGGGGUCGUCGUCAGCGGUGGUGGUGGUGGUGGUGGUGGUACCCCAAAGCUGGAGCUGGGCUCGUACGAGGGGGACUACUCGAGCAGCCUGCUGCCCUAUGGCAUCAAGCCUCUGCCCCUGCCCGCCUCCCACUCCUUCGGGUACUACUCGGACUCGGCCUUCGCCUCAGUGGCAGCCGGCUGGGGCUCGCGCAGCAUGGCCGACGCAGCGACGGCGGCGGCAGCGUCAGCGUACCAAAGAAAGGUGGCAACUGCCCUGCCAUGGUCGCCCAGGCCCAGCCCCACCCCUACGGGCUUCACCGACGACCAAAUGUGUGACAAGGACAAGGCCCGAGGCGGAGGAGGAGGAGAGGAGGGCACAGCAGGGGUGCAGACGCCAGCGUGGCUAGAGACCUCCUCAUCCCUGAAGGCUCUAGACGGGGGUGGCGAGGCCGGGGUUGGGGUGUACUCUGGGGGCUGCAAGCGGAGACGCCUCUCCCCAGACGGGUCCAGUGUGGAGGGCUCUCCGCCGGUGAAGGCAGAGGAGAUGGGCCCGCCAGAAAACCUGGCCAGAGAAACUACUCCGUCCUCCAAAGGCAUGGGCUAUUACGCGUUCUAUACAAGCACUUGAAAUUACUUUAGGCUUUCUGACAGUUAUCUGUGAGAAUUUUGGUCUCACACCAACUCCUUUUGUCAUUUCAUAAUUGUUCUACUACCAUGGUGUAUUUGUACAAGUUCUUUUGUAUGUGCAGCUGUUAUGAAAAUCCAGCGAAUCCAAAGUUUUUGAGGAGGAAGUUUCCUGCUAACAUGACUGUGUGUAUUCCAUGUAUCCUCUCCUCUUAUUUUAGAGCACCAUCACUUCAUAAUGUCUGAUGUUGUUCAUAGCCUGUUUUCACGGACAGGGUUUUAAUUUGUAGGACAUCAAUUUGUACAGUGUUCUGAGACAGAGUGUCCUUGUUCUUAAAUUGUGUUUCAUUCCAUGAAUUUAUGUACUGUAUGACUAGUAGCCGAAUAAAAGGUCUGGUGUGCUUUUAAAAGUUAUUUCCCCCGCACCCAUUAUGUUAAGUUACACAAAAAACGCAGUGAGUUAGUGGCGUUCAUUUAUCAUUAUUAACAUUGGAGAUUUUUUUUUCAGUUAUUUCGUUCUAGCGUCCUGGUACUUGCGCUCUCGUAAUGUUUGUUCGGGUGCCGUCCAACGGCAUGUAAAUGCAUUCAUUUUGGCCAACAUUAAUUAUUUUGAAAAUGAGUACAG